AUGCCUGUUGACAGAGCUUUUGACUUGUAUGCCAAAUCGGCGAGGAAGAAAAAGUAUAGCAAGCACCAGCUUGGGGAGGGCAUCAGCAACCCUUCCUCGAAGAAGGCUCAAACAAAGGAUCCUCUCGCACCACCUCCCACAAAAGAGACAACUCCUCCACCAACUCCUGCCAAAGAGAUAACUCUGCCAACUCCUGUGAAUCAAGAUCCCCCAGCUCCAGUCGAACAGACUCCUCCUGCGGUUCUUGCUGACCUCACUCCUCCAGCUUCCACCGACCAGACGCCUGCUGGUCGCCGAGAAGAAGCCUCGAGAGAAGAUCUCACGAGCGUGGUGCUCAAUUCAGCCAAAGACAGGCUGACCAAAAUAAUAAAGCACCACUGCAGCCGAGAGGCAAUCCAAGAGACUGGUUCCAUGGCGGUCGAUCAGGUCUUCAACCACGCACAGAACGAAGUGCUUAGUGGAGUUCUCACCAUGAGCUCUGGCUGGCGAAGUUCGAGGACACUGGCUGCUCAAUUUGAGAAAAAGUUUAGCGACCAACUUGGCAUAGCUAAGGCCCAACAUGCUGAGCAGCUUAAAAUGACCGAAGCCAAACAUGCUGAGAAGCUCAAGGAAGUUGAAGAAAGCAUACCGAGGGAGGCGGAGCUGGCGAGGUGUGCUGCUCGCUUAGAAGAAGAGAAGACUCAAGAGUCUCCCAAGAUCUCUCUAGCAACAGGCAUUGAGGGUGCCCGGGAAGAUGGGGGAGUUACUGUCGACCAACAACUACAAGAGCCUCAGCAGGAUCCUCCGGCUGCUUCGUAA